AGAAGAAGAAGAAGAUGAUGUUUCCAGUCGGACAGAAAACGGACGGACACCAAACAGCCACGUAGAGAAAAGGCGAAGCUCGCAGAGAGUGCUGCUGAUGCUGGCAUGAUCCCAACUGGCCUGCCUCCCUCGAAGAUGGCUUUGUGAGGAGUUUCUUUUUUACUGUAACUGUUCAGAUUUUUAAAUGGAGAUGGACACUAAUGGAUCAGAAGCAACUCAAAUGGAGGCUAAAGUCCCUCAAGAAGAUAAUGCUAUAAAAUCCAAAGAGGCAGACACCCAUGCUGCUGAAGGGGAAACGCUACUGAAACAACGAGGGCUGGAGAACGCACCCAACACAAACAGGGAUAUUCCCAACGGUCCCAUCGGUUCUUCAGAUGUGAUACCAAAUGGAGACGGACCGGCAGAGGGCAUUGGUGCCGGGGGUAAAACUCGUAUCAAUGGGUCCCUGUCUCCAACAGCCCUUCCUCAGAGCACCAGCUCCCCUGUCAACUCCCAGACCCAAGAGCGCCCCCCAGGUGUGGCUUCUUAUCCACCCAUGAUGCUAGAGAGGUCUGAGGGUGCUAGUGCUGAGGUCACGGUUCACACGGGUGAUUCAUUGCAGUCGCUCAGACUCAGUAUGCCUAUGCAGGAGACUGAACUGUCCUUCGAGAAGCCGUCUCUGGAGAUGGAGAACGAGGAGAAGAUUCGCCUGGAGGCCCGGCGGCGUCUGGAGGAGCAGCUCAAACAGUACAGAGUGCAGAGACAUAAGGAGAGGUCUCACCGCAGCACCCCCAAGCACAGGCCGUUCAGCACCCUGGAUCCGGAGCUCAUGCUGCAUCCUGAGGGUCUUCCCAGGGCCAACACUGUUGCCAUGACCACGGAGUAUUCCUUCCUUAGGACCAGUGUCCCGCGAGGCCCCAAACUGGGAAGCUUGGGAAUUCCCCCACCCAGGGAGAGAAAGUCCAGGUCACCCCGCCCAAGUAAGAUCCACUCGUUGGCUGACUACAAGUCUGCUGAUAGCGAUGGUGGGAGUGUCGGAGGCGGGGGCGUAAGAUCAGCAGACAACACCAUGAGCUCCCUCCAUUCCACCAUGAGCUCGGUCUCCACUCUGUCUGAGGUCAGUGUGAUGUCAGAGGGCAGCACCUGUGAGAACGAGGCGCAGCCGGUCGCUUCGCUUCAGGCCGGGGACAAUGUGUCUGAAGUUGAUGGCAGUGAAUCGGGAACAAGACCAGGGAACGAUGGCAAUGACAGUGACAGCUCGUCUUACAGCAGUGUGUCUACCAGGGGGACGUAUGGUUUGCUCUCUGCCGCAGUAGAAAGACAGAGGGGACCCUACACGGUGGAGGGGAGGGAGAUCGCUCCCGAUGCUAUGGGACAGUUCCCCUCCCUGCAGGAGGUGCUGCAGGCAGCCAGUGAAGAGCAGCACCUGCUGGAGCUGGAGCAGGAGAGAGAGGGGACUGCAGAGCCUCGGAGUCGCAGAGACAGUUUCUCCAGCAGUGUCUCUCUGGAGAGUUCAGUGAUGGGCCAUGAUGAAAUGCUGCAGGUGUUGAAAGAGAAGAUGAGACUUGAGGGUCAGCUGGAGUCUUUGUCAUCGGAGGCCAAUCAGGCUCUUAAGGAGAAGACGGAGCUGCAGGCCCAGCUGGCUACAGUGAACGCUCAGCUGCAGGCUAAGAAGGAGGAGGCUCAGGUCAGCCAGGAGAAGCAGAGCGUCCUCAAUACGGAGGUUGGCACCCUGCGCAAGAACUGCAGCCAGCUAGAGAAGGCCAUGGUGGAGCUCCAGGGCAGCCUGGAGAGCAAGAACGCCAGUCUGGCUUCUGUUAGCAAUGACCUAAAGGUGGCUGAAGACCAAUACAACAGGCUGAUGGGGAAGGUGGAGGAGAUGCAAAACACUGUAACGUCCAGAGACACUGCAGUUCAGGAGUUGCGUCUGCAGAUGGGGGGUCUUCACGGUCAGCUUCAGCAGGUCCAGCUGGAGCGCAGCACCCUGCAGAGCCGGUUGAAGACCUCUCAGGCUGAAAUCGACUCACUGCAGCAGGUCAGACUGUGGUACCAGCAGCAGCUAGCACUGGCCCAGGAGGCGAGGGUGCGACUGCAGAGCGAAAUGGCAAACAUGCAGGCUGGACAGAUGACUCAGAUCGGUGUCCUUGAACAUUUGAAGCUGGAAAAUGUGACUCUGUCCCACCAGCUCAAUGAGACACAACACCGCUCCAUCAAAGACAAAGAGCGCAUCGCUGUCCAGCUGCAGAGCAUCGAGGCCGACAUGCUGACACAGGAAGCAGCUUACAAGCAGAUCCAGGAUGCAAAGUCCAUGGUGGAGGAUGACCUGCAGCUCAAACUGGACGAAUUUGAGGAAGAGCGAGAUCGCUUAAUUAAAAUGGCCAACACAGCCAGCACCCUUGAAAGGGAACUAGAACAGGUGAGGUUGACCCUUUCCCAGAAGGACUUGCAGCUGCAGUCACUUCAGAAGGAGCACCUGGAGCUGAUGCGCCAGCUGACCACCACUCAGGAGAACCUGCAGACCAAAGAGCAGUCCAUCAACCAGCUGGAGGCUCGUUACCUGGAACUCGAGGCCCAGCUAGCAGAGCUGCAGAUGGACAGCAGUGCCAAGGAUGACAACAUCCAGUUCCUCCAGAAUGAGAAGAUCGUGUUGGAGGUGGCGCUGCAGGCAGCCAGGGCCGACAAGAGCCAACUUGACGAAAACGCUGAACGGCUCGGAGAGGAUGUUCUGGUAGCUUCAGAUGUCUUGGAUCAGCUCAGACAGGAAGUCCAGGUCAAAGCCAAUCAGAUUGAAACUCUCAAACAGGAAAAUAGUUCCCUGAAGAAACAAGCUCAGAAACUGAAGGAGCAGUUCCAACAACAAAAGGUGAUGGUGGAAGCGUACCGCCGCGACGCCAGCUCUAAAGACCAGUUGAUCUCUGAGCUGAAGUCCACCAAAAAGCGUCUUCUCGCAGAGGUGAAGGACCUGAAGCAGGAGCUGCUGGGCGCUCAGGGGGAGAAGAAGGAGGCAGAGCUGGAACAGGCCCGACUGCAGAAGGAGGUGCUGAGAGUCCAGGAGCAGAUGAGCAACAUGGAGACACAUCUGCAAACAAUCCAGGAAGAAAGGGACCAGCUGGAAACCCAGAUCCAGUCUCUACAGUUUGACCAGAGCCAGCUGGCAGCAGUGACGGAGGAGAAUGAAGGCCUGAGGAAACAGGUGGAGCAAUUGGAGGGGGAAGCCAAAAAGGCCAUCUCGGAGCAGAAGGUGCGUGUGAAGCGGCUGGGGACAGAUCUGACCAGCGCUCAGAAGGAGAUGAAGACCAAACACAAAGCCUAUGAAAACGCCGUGGGCAUCCUGAGCAGGAGGCUGCAAGAGGCUCUGAGUGACAAGGAGACGGCCGAGGCAGAGCUCGUCAAACUCAAGGCCCAGGUGUCCGAUGGGGGGAACAGCCAGGUCUUACAGGAGAAGAUAAAGGUCCUGCAGGUCGAGCUGCAGGUUGUGACCAAAAGCAAAAGCAUGCUGGAGAAGGAGCUGCAGGAGGUGAUCACCCUCACCUCCACAGAGCUGGAGGAGUAUCAGGAGAAGGUCAUGGAGCUCGAAGACGAGCUUCAGGAGGCCCGCUGCUUCAAGAAGCGGAUUCGAAAAUUAGAGGACGCCAACAAGAAGCUCACACUGGAGCUGGAACACGAAAAGGGGAAAUUGGCAGGAUUGGCACAAUCCCACAAUACACUGCGGGAGCAUUCCAACAUUUUGGAGACAGCCUUAGCUAAGAGAGAGGCAGAUCUUGUCCAGCUCAACUUACAGGUUCAAGCUGUUCUGAAGCGCAAAGAGGAGGAGGACCAGCAGAUGAAGCAGGUGGUACAAACGCUGCAGCUAGCGUUGGAAAAAGAGAAAACCAAAGUGAAGGACCUAAGGGAACAGGUGGCAGCAGCAAAGGCUGAAGCAGCCCACAACAGACGGCACUACCGGGCAGCCAUGCUGGAGCUGUCAGAGAUCAAAAAGGACCUGCAGGCCAAAGAGGACCUGGUCAAAGCUCUGCAGAAUGAAUCCCACAAACUACAGGCUCAGGAUGAGCAGCACUCUCAGGAGGUGUCACGGUUCCAGGAGGAGCUGGCUGAGGCCCGUUUACAGCUCCAGAUCCUCCAGAAACAGCUGGAUGAGGAACUCGCCAAGCAGCCUCUCACUAACCAAGAGGUGGAGGAUCUGAAGUGGGAGGUGGAGCAGAGACAGAGGGAGAUCGAGGCUCAAAAGCAGCAGCUGGAGAUGAUGGAGCAGUGUCAACACAGAGAACUCGACAACCUACAGAGAGCUCUGCAGAACAUAAAGGUGGAGCUUGAGUCGGUGCAGGAGGAGCUGAACGGCACCAGGAAGGACAAGUUCAUGCUGCAGGCUAAAGUGGGUGAGCUGAGGAACAGCAUGAAGACAGUUCUGCUGCAGAACCAGCAACUCAAACAGGACCUGAAACAGAGCCGCUUAAGGAAGCAGCAGCGAAUGGAGCUGAAGAGUGAGGGAAACCCAUCCACCCCAGUGACGCCAGUUAAGAUCCCAGACUGCCCAGUGCCUGCCUCACUGCUGGAUGAGCUGCUGAAACCUUCAACGUCUGUCAACAAGGAGCCCCUCAACAACCUGCACAACUGUCUACGGCAGCUCAAGGAGGAGAUGGACAGCCUCCAGAGGCAGAUGGAGGAACACACAGUGACGGUUCACGAGUCCAUGAGCUCAUGGACAGACACGGAGGAGGGACUGGCUCAACUGGGGGUCGAAAACGACAUCGCCAAAUCAUCGACGCCGCUCAAUAACACGGCGGUGGAAAACCACAAUGACGCCGAACAACAGCAAUCAUAACAGAAGAACUUUUUUUCUCAGGCCAAUUGAGGGAGAGUGGAGUUUUAUCCACGACGGCACUUUUAAGCCCCUUAUAUCCUUUCUCGUUUCUUACCAAUUGCUGCCAACAUUUGGCAUCCUCCCAUCGGCACAGACGUGCUUCUGCAGAGUAAUACUUUGUACACCAUAGCUUUAUUCUUUCUUUCUUAUGUUUUAUACUUUUGUUGUGCCAUUUACACAUUUAUUUAUUUUAGACUUAAGGGAUUAAAACUUGUCUGACAGCCUCCCCAAAAGGAUUCCCCCACCUUCACUUUGGUUGUCAUAGAUAAAAUAGUGAUUCAGCUUCAUCUACCGGGUCAGUUUUACUCACAGAAAGGUGUUUAGUCCUCCGAGUAUAAUACCAGUGGAUUCGAUGCUACUUGACAUUGUUUGCAAAAAAGUGAAGUCUGAUACGUGUUCACAGACUGGCGAUGAACUGUUCCUCCACGUUGUUGUGCCUGUGAAUGAGUGAAGCUGCUCAUCUGUGUUUUGAACUGACGUGGUUACACCUCCACGCGGUUUCCAAGCAGUCGAUGAUGACACUUCACUUCUUUUCCAUGAAGUUAAAAGUCAUGCAACAGCUGUCCGUUUAUGUUUAUUGUAUGGCCUCUUUGUUGAAAUGCAGUGUUUCUUAGAUCUGUUGUUACCAUAUCAACCCCUUCAACUCUAAAACCAUUGUUCUCAGUUAUGUGUGGAGGGGGUCGGAGCAGCACGGCCUGACGUCAUUUGAAGCAAAAAAAAAAAAGAAAAAGCCUUAAAGCGAUAUUUAACAUACUGUAAAGGACUGCGUUGGUUUGAAUGGGCAUAUUUCUGCUUGGGUUGUGUGCAAGAUUUGAGCUGUAAUAAUGUAAAUGUGUGUACUGAAGAAUGGUUUAUUUGUAAAAUACAUGUUGGUCUCUUAAACUGACACUGCACAUGAGAUGAUCGAGACUUUACUGACGGAGAAGGAAGCAGAAAUAUGACUUCCUCUAACAGCAGAUGUGUUAAUUUCUGUUACAUUUGGUACAUGACUGUACUGACACGAUAGGACUUCCCCCUGAAUCAGACGUCGUUCUGGUUUUUAUGGCUGUGUCAUGAUUGUUGUUUUCAGAGUUUAAUAUAUGAGUAUACUUCCUUUUUUUCUUUUGUAUGAUUGUAAAUUAAUCAUAAUUGUCUAGCAAUGUUAAAAGAGGAAUUACGAGAUAUGGAAUAUAAAUUGAAGUCUAAGCGGACUAAUUAACAAAGUGUAGAGGGGGUCACUGGACGGUACGUCGACUGCGGAGGUGCUCGCUCCCUCACUGAAAACCUUUUUCAUCACAGUAUGCUCAUAACUUUCCAAAGGGACAAAAAAAAAAAAAACAUGUUACGAGGGAAAUGAUUAUUGAGGAAAUUAACAAUGGAUAUAUUAAAAUACUGUGUGCUGAAGUAUUUUGACUGUUUUUUCUGGGGGUCGACCGAUAUUAGUCUUUCAAGGCCGAUCCCGAUUAUUAGUCACCAGAUGGAUUACCGAUAUAUUUGGAACUGAUAUGCAUUCACAGUCUCCGUCAAAAGAGUCUGAACAUCCUGGACACACAGGUGUAAAAACUGGCACCAUGAGAAGAAGUAUUUCUCCCAAAUUAUGAAUCCUUCAAACCCAGACAGUAAAAAAAAAAAAACCGUGAAGAGGUUUUCUUGGCAGCGAAAAUGAAGCCUUAAGUACGACAUACAAUCCAUCGUCGUGUUGGUUUGUGAGCAUUAUGUGUCGACUGAUGUUUGAUUUUCAGAGCCGAUACUGAUAGCGAUUAUUAGCAUUUCAUGAGACUGAUAUUUAGAACCGAUAAGCAUUCACAGUAAAAACUUAAAUCUUUCCGCAAAAAUUUUUAGAAUCUUUAAAGUUACAAACUCCAGCAUGAGAUUUAGUUUAAAUUCUCAACCGGAGACUCUCCUCCUGCUCCAGCCUGCUCUUGUUUCUGUGCAUAUCAGUGUCGCCCAGGCUUCAGUGUCGAUUGGUUCUUACUCGUGUGACAUUUAGCCAAUCAGAUCGUGUUGUGGGCGGGACAAUAGGUCAGACAGAGUGGUGAGUGACAACAGACCUCACUAAUACAACGCUGAUACAGAUAAUCGGCCAAAUGCAGAAUAUCGCCCCCCACCCUGAACGGGCGGAUAAUCGGUCGGCCCCUUGUAUCUUCCAGACUACCUUUCUCUGUAACGUUGGGUCGUAUGUAAUAACACUUGCUAGGGCACCUGUGCUCUACGCACCUUGCUGUAUCUGCUUUUUUUUUUCUUUCUAAAGAUAUGAAAUGAUUCAUUCCUUUGUUAUAACAUUUGUUUUUUGGAGAUGUGAUUGUAUUUAUCAUAAAAUUGCACUAUUCAUCCGUCA